AUGGGGAUUGCGCGCUGGUUUUGGGACGCCGCGGCGGGAGUAGCAGGAACGGGCGGCGGAGUGGGAGAAGCGGAAGGAGCGGGAGGCGCGGCAGCCGAAAGCCGGACCGGCAAGCCGUCUGAGGAUGCGACGGUGGUGACAGCAACCGGACGCCGCGCGGCGCCGCCGUCGGCAAUUGACAUCCGCGGCGGCGGCAGCAGCAGCGCGUUGAGCGACGACGGGGAUAAAGCGGUGCCGGCACGGACGACGCUGUACCCAUCGGCGCGCAGCGAAGGCGGUGGCGGCGAGCGGCGCGCGCGCGACGUGCUAAUCGUGAAAGGGGGGAGGCCGCCCGCGGAUUCAGGGCGGGCCAGAGGUGGUGUGUUCCGCAAGAAGCAGCGGCGGGGGAAGGGCAAGCGGAGCGUGUUCGUGUACGAGCUGGUGCGCGCGCCGGCGGCGGAAGGCGGCGGGGAUCAGGGGGGGCGUGGAUUGCCGCGCGCGAGAACAGCAGGCGCAGCGGAGAGCGGCAGUUCUGGGAUGUGGGUGGCAGAAGGAUUGGCAGAAGGAUCGACGGAGGGUGCAAGAGGAAAGGCGCAUGGUUGGCAGCAGCGGUCGUUGGAUCGAAGCAACACGCAGAGUGACAUUGCUGACGUGGACGAAUGGCGGAGAGAGAUGGAAAAAUAUCUGGCGGAGAAGGAAAGGCGGGCGAGCCUUGAGGCCACCCAAAAGGAAAGACCAGCGAGCCUUGAUUCGUGUCCUAAGGACUCUCAAAAGGAAAGACGGCAACUCACGAGAGAGGAAAAGGGAAAUGGCGGCUUAAUAAGGGAGCAACACGAACGAAAGAACGACUGCAGCGGUGGCGACGGUAGCUGGGGAUUGCAUGACGAUGAUGAUGACUCGUUAGGAGCAAGCGGGCGCGCUUGUUACGCGUACGGGGGCUGUGACGAGGGAAACAACAGCUGGCACGAUACAAGCAGCGAAGGGGAGGCGGGAAUUGACUGGUGGGACCUGGACGCGGAUAUCGAGGAGCACCAUAGCGAGGAUGAAAGCAGCGCCGUUCUAUCCGCAUCGCCCCCCGCACGUGCAGCAGUCCCUUACACUGCGCUGCCCCAUGCCGUCCGCCAAGCCAGCAGCAGGGCCGAUGUUGCCCGCGCUGCAGAGGAGGCGUUCUACGCGCAGGCAGGCAGGAGAGGCGAAGACAGUGAGAGUGGUAGCGACAGCAGGAGCAGCAGGGAGUGCGGGCGGCCUGUGCUGCUGCGCUGCGAGGGCGUGCGGGGAAGCAACCGCGUGCGCGCGUUUGACCCCACCGAGUACCCCGUGCCCGCAGCUGCUGCCCCCGGAGCAGCAUGCGCAGUAGCCUUUGAAGCUGUGCAUGAGAGCCAUGAGACGGAGGAAGGCGAGAGGGAACGCCAGGGUCAUGACGCGGUGGUGACGUCAGCAGCGGCGGGAAAGGCCCAGCACGUGGCUGCGUGGUGGCAGUUCGGUGGAGCCGAUAAGGCCGCCAGCAGCGGGCAGGGCGGCAGGCGGAAGAGCACAAGCAGCAGGGAGAGCAGCGCGGUGAAUCGGCAAGGGCGGUCGCGACCGGUGGGACCCCCACCCACCCCCCAGAGCCCUGACGAUGACACACGCACGGCAAGGCGCACUUUUCUCUCGAUAUCCCCGCCGGCUCUCCCCUUGCGCGCGUCAUCAUCCCGCCUCCCACCAUCCCCGGGCCUGAGAAGGCAGCAAUCCGCUGCUGCCUCGCUUGCGGCGGUGGAGGCGAGUCAACUUGAGAGAGGGAGGCAGGCUGACACGGGAGCGCGGGAGGAGCGCGGGCGAGCAGCGGUGGUUUUCCACAAGAGCAGCAGCACUGGCAGCAGUGGGGCAGGAGGAGGCGUCAGUGGCACCCAGCCCAAGCGCAUUGCCCAUAGCAGGAGGGAUGGGAAGAAGCUUGAGCAUGGGAGUGGGGUUGAGUCCAGAAGCGAUGCCGGAUGUGAGAGGGAGGGAGCAGAUGAGAGAGCAUGCAGUCACAUCACCAGCACCUGUACCUCCUCCCAUGCGACGAUCCCGCACAGAUACACGGCAGGAGAGGCGGGCGCGGGAGCAGCGGGAAGAGCAGGAGCAAAUGGAGUCGCGGCAGGAGAGGGGGAUGAGGGCACGGCACCGGGCAGUGGCACCAGCAGUGAGGGUUGGGGGCAGCAGAAGAGAAGGGAGCAGCGCAGGGGAAGCAGGCAGUGGGCGGGUGUUGCGGCGAGGCAAGACGCAGCCGAGCAGGAGCAUGGAACAACGGGAGGGGGUGGCCCGGCGCAGAGAGGGAGACCUGCUUAUCCGCACACACACAUUCUGCAGCGGUGCGCGAUCAGUCGAGCUCUGGGAAGCGAUUCGGCGGCCACGCGGAGCGGAGCACCACGCGGAUUCCGCGCGGACGAGGCGGUAUGCGCGCAAGCAACGGAUGAGAGGGGGAACGCGGGGGGGGAAGCGAGGGGGGACGCGAGGGGGGAUGAGAACGCGGGUGCGUCGAGCGGCGAUAUCGAUCAGCGGGAGAGAAAUCCGUGGCCAUCGGCGAGUGGCGAGUACGGGAAUCGCGUUUCAGACUCGGUCUCGCUCUUUAGAGAUCUCGAUUCGAUGACCCCGGUGGGUGAUUCGGCGUCGAUUGUUUCGAUGCGGCCGCUCGAGGCGUCCACGAUGGCGGCACCUGGCGGCGCGGCAUCUGGCAUUUCGAUGCGGCCGGUUGAUGCGUCCACGAUGGCGCCAGAGGGCGCGGCGAGCAUGGAUGGUCGUUGUGACUCGCGGGGCGACGAAGGCGCUGGUUGGCGAAGAGAUGGCGAAGUGGCGAAACGGGCGAACUCGUUGUCUGUUGCCCUGCGAAAUUCGGCGACUGUUGAGCAUCUGGACUUGACUGCCAGUGACGAUCUGCAAUGCACCAACCUCAUGUGCCCCAAGGUGACCGAGCCCUGCAUUUGUCGCUUGGGCGUGGCCCUCUCACGCUUGCCACGCCUCACCUCUCUCACUCUCGCGCACAACGGCUUAGAAGCCCUCCCCGACUCGCUCUCCUCCCUCACCACCCUCCGCCAUCUCGACCUCUCCCACAACCGCCUCUCCUCUGCGCCCCUCCACCUCACGUCAACUCUUCCACACCUCAC